AGCCGUCAAAACGUCAAAACACAGGAUUUCUGGAAAGUUCAUGCAGUAGACAUGUAGGCGCAAUAUAGACAAUUUUUAACAUAAUGCAACACACUUUUUUGAAAGGCGGUCACCGACUUGACUUGACAAAAGUGAUCAGCUCGAACGCGCCCACUGUAUGUACAUUUGUAGCCAAUCCCCUCGAUUGCAGCCUAGACGUCGAUAGAUACACGUUUUCAUCUGAACGAAAAGACAGCAACGUACCAAAACAGAGGGAGAAAGUCAGCUAUAUUGCGCGCGGUUCGUAUAUGGGUGUUAAUCAAUGUGUUUGUUUGGCACAGGUGCAGCUCCAAGCUCCAAGGCAGACAGACACACCGCCUUUACAGGAAGGUAGACACACCUACCCCUGGCCAGUUUGAUCCCGUUGUGUGUGCAAAUGAGUGGCCUGGCUGAAGAGCGCAGAGUUGGUACACACCACAGAGCCCACACAGUAGGAUGUCGUGGGUCAGAGGCUUCUUCGUAGCCAGAGUGGACGAGCGAAAGACCGCGUGGGGGGAGCGCAAUGGCAGCAAGUCCAACAAGCGGAAGGACUGUGGCUCAGGGUCGUCUCUCUGCAACCCCCGCUACAUGAGCUGCCUGCGGGAAGCUGAGGACAUGGAUCCACCAUCUCACACCCCCCAGCACUACCACUGUGGUGGAGGGGGCGCGGGGCCCAGCGGAGGAGGUAACUUUGGAAUGCGCUGCGUCUGGCAGGAGGACCACUAUGGGAAACGGACCGGGGCUGUGGGAGACCUCGGGUUAAAGGCUGUGGAUCUGGGGUUCGACGACGGAGACCUGAGAGGGAGGAGAGGUCCUGGGGGGGACGGAGGAACUUGUGAAGCCUUGACAGCCGCUGAGUGCUGGAUGUGUAUGGUACGGGUGUUCCAGUCCAAGACGUUCACCUCAGCCAAACUAGAGCGUCUGUACCAGCGCUACUUCUUCAGGCUCAACCAGAGCUCUCUGACUAUGCUGAUGGGUGUCCUUGUCAUAGUCUGCGGUGUCAUGCUAGCCUUCCACUGUGUCCACGCUCCGCCCGACGUAGCCUACGCCUCGGUGCUCUCCGUGGCCAUGGCCCUCUUCCUGUCCAUGAUGGUGGUGUGCAACAGGAACAGCUUCCACCAGGACUACAUGUGGAUCGUCAGCUACCUGGUUAUCGGGGUGCUACUAGUGGUCCAGGUGUUCGGGGUGUUGAUGGUUGCCCCCCGGAGCGCCUCUGAGGGGAUCUGGUGGUCCGUGUUCUUUGUGUACAUUAUCUAUACACUGUUGCCAGUGAGGAUGAGAGCUGCAGUGCUGAGUGGAGGAGUACUGUCUACCAUACACCUCAUCACCGCAUGGCAACUCAACCAGAACGAUGUCUUCCUAUGGAAACAGCUGAGUGCCAAUGCGUUGGUCUUCCUGUGUACCAACAUGAUAGGUAUCUGUACCCACUACCCUGCCGAGGUGUCUCAGAGACAGGCCUUUCAGGAGACCAGGGGGUACAUCCAGGCCCGGCUCUACCUGCAGAGAGAGAACCAGCAACAGGAGCGCUUGCUGCUGUCGGUGCUUCCAAGGCACGUUGCCAUGGAGAUGAAGGCAGAAAUCAACGCCAAGAAGGAAGAUAUGAUGUUCCACAAGAUCUACAUCCAGAAACAUGACAACGUCAGUAUACUGUUUGCAGACAUCGAAGGAUUCACCAGCCUGGCAUCACAAUGCACAGCACAAGAGUUGGUGAUGACACUGAAUGAACUUUUUGCUCGCUUCGACAAACUAGCUUCGGAGAACCACUGUCUGAGGAUAAAGAUCCUUGGGGACUGCUACUACUGUGUGUCGGGGCUGCCUGAGCCCCGGGCCGACCACGCCCACUGCUGUGUGGAGAUGGGAGUAGACAUGAUCGAGGCCAUCUCGCUGGUGAGAGAGGUCACAGGGGUCAACGUGAACAUGCGUGUGGGUAUCCAUAGUGGCAGGGUCCACUGUGGGGUGCUGGGACUCAGGAAGUGGCAGUUUGACGUCUGGUCCAAUGACGUCACACUAGCCAAUCAAAUGGAGGCAGGGGGCGCGGCAGGGCGUAUCCACAUCACCAAGGCCACCCUACAGUACCUGAAUGGGGACUAUGAGGUGGAGCCGGGGUUCGGAGGGGACAGGAACGUCUAUCUCAAGGAGAACAACAUCGAGACGUUCCUGGUGCUGGGGUGCAGCCAGAAAAGGAAAGAGGAGAAGGCAGCGAUGGCUAAGAGUGCCAUGAUGCAGCGGGCACGUGCCAACUCCACUGAGGGCCUGAUGCCACGCUGGGUACCCGACACAAGGUUCUCCAGGACCAAGGACUCCAAGGUCUUCAGACACAUGGGAAUUGAUGAAACGUCCAGACAAGACAACCGUUGUUCCCAGGAGGCCCUGAACCCUGAGGAUGAGGUGGAUGAGUUUCUGGGCCGAGCCAUCGAUGCCCGCAGCAUAGACCAACUCCGUAAAGACCACGUCAAGAAGUUUCUGCUCACCUUCCAGACUAAAGAGCUGGAGAACAAGUUCUCCAAGAAGGUGGAUGAUCGUUUUGGAGGCUACGUGGCCUGUGCUCUGUCAGUCUUCUGCUUCAUCUGUUUCAUUCAGAUUAUCAUCUUCCCACACACACCUCUCAUGCUGGGUGUCUACAUCAUCAUCUUCAUCAUCCUCGUCAACAUCCUCUUCAUCUGUGCCAUUUACUCCUGCGUCAAGCUCUUCCCAGUUGCCUUGCAGACAGUGACUACGACUAUAGUCCAGUCUCGUACCAACAGUACCCUGGUGGGAGUCCUCACCAUCCUACUUCUCUUCAUGUCUGCCUUUGUUAACAUGUUGACCUGUGACAGAGAGGGCCUGGUGGACUGUGUGGUGCGUGAGAGGAACCUGUCCUCCAGCUUGGUGACCCUGUGUCUACUACACAACCUGAGCCAGUCAGCACAGGACAGACUGACCCUGUGCCCCAGCCAGCCCACACCAUGCCACUUCCCUGAGUAUUUCUGCUACAGUGUUCUCCUGACCCUGCUGGCCUGCAGUGUGUUCCUCCACAUCAGCAGUAUAGGGAAGCUGGCCCUUAUGGUGCUGAUCCAGGUCACCUUCCUGCUGCUGGUGGAGUGGCCCCAGGUGGCCCUGUUCGACAAUGCAGACCUGCUGCUCACCGCCAGCACCCUGAUUCCUAGUUUCAAUGAAACAGCUACAGGGACAUGCCAGGAGACUGUGACCAAGGUGUCCCUAAAGGUCAUGACCCCUGUCAUCCUUACGGUGUUCGUCCUGGCUCUGUACCUGCAUGCUCAGCAGGUGGAGUCCACCGCACGCCUCGACUUCCUGUGGAAGCUGCAGGCCACAGAGGAGAAAGAGGAGAUGGAGGAGCUUCAGGCCUACAACCGCCGGCUCCUCCACAACAUCCUGCCUAAAGACGUGGCCGCCCACUUCCUGACGCGGGAGCGGCGUAAUGACGAGCUCUACUACCAGUCCUGUGAAUGUGUGGCCGUCAUGUUCGCCUCCAUCUCCAACUUCUCUGAGUUCUACGUAGAGCUGGAGGCCAACAACGAGGGAGUGGAGUGUCUCCGGCUGCUCAACGAGAUCAUUGCAGACUUUGACGAGAUCAUCAGUGAGGACAGGUUCCGCCAGCUGGAAAAGAUAAAGACCAUCGGUAGCACUUACAUGGCAGCCUCUGGCCUCAAUGACUCUACCUACGACCGCGAGGGACGAUCACACAUCCUGGCUCUGGCAGACUACGCUAUGAGACUCAAAGAACAGAUGAAGUACAUCAAUGAACACUCCUUCAAUAACUUCCAGAUGAAAAUAGGUCUCAACAUGGGUCCGGUGGUGGCUGGGGUGAUUGGGGCCAGGAAGCCCCAGUAUGAUAUCUGGGGGAACACUGUCAACGUAGCCAGUCGAAUGGACAGCACCGGAGUCCCAGACUGCAUACAGGUGACCACAGACCUGUACCACGUCCUGGUAAAAAAAGGCUACCAGCUGGACCACAGAGGCCUGGUUAAGGUGAAGGGGAAGGGAGAGAUGACCACAUACUUCCUUACCAGCGGUCCCAAUGGUCCCUAGGGCAGUUAACCACUGACGGUCAUGGGAUUACCGCUGGCUGCUAAUACAUGAAGAAGAGAGAGAUGAGAGGAAGAGGGGGGGGGGGGUGAGUGAGUU